AUGAAUAUGAUUAUCGAUUCCUGUUACCAGGGAGUGGUAGAAAAACUCACUAAGCAAGGUGUGAUUAAAGAUAUAUCAAAGGAAUUACUAAAAUUAGAAACAAAUGAUGAAAGAACACUUUUUGUGUACAGUAUUUUAGAAGACUUAAAUAGUUUCCCUAACGUUUUAAAACUAGGCAAAUCAAAUGACAUAUCAACCCAUUAUCGUUGUCUUGGCAACAUAUAUUACCAACAAAAUGAUUUCUUUAAAGCUUUUCAGUAUUACAAUGUGUCAUUGACAAAUGCGCCAUAUAACUCUGAAAAUUAUUGUACUGCGAUAUCUAACAGAUCCAUUGUCUUGUAUAAGUUAAAAAAAUAUAAAGAAAGUUUAAAGGAUGUAGAGUAUGUAUUGUCAUUGGACUGUCCUGAAAAAUUAUUGGAAAAGUUAAACACUAGAAAGAACAUGUGCAUCAAGGCUCUAGCUGGAGAACCAAAAUACACCAACAAGAUGGAAAAAGUAGAAAGUUUAGUUACAAUGAAGGGGCCCUGUGACCCAACAUAUGUUUGUGCCAGUUCUAAGUUAGAGGUAGUCUACUCGGAUGAAAUGGGUCGACAUGUAUGUGCAAAAGAGGAUAUAAAUGUUGGAGAAGUGUUGGUCAUUGAGGAUCCUUACUUCACAUUGCUGUUAAAGUCUCAGUACUUGUUAUGUUGCAGUUACUGUUUAUUGUCUAAUUUAAAUCUUUUGCCUUGCAAUAACUGUUGCUUUGCAAUGUACUGUAGUGAGGAAUGCAAAGUUAGAGCACUCAAAGAAUACCACUCAGUAGAAUGUGAUCUAAUGGCAACACUAUUUAAAAUGGAGUUCACCAAGUUAGAAUUAAGUGCACUCAGGACAGUUAUUAAAGCCCGUAAUGAUCAUGCUGAUUGGAAGAGUUUGUUUGAAACAAUUAAAGAGGCUGACGCUAAUAUGAACACAAAACACCAGGGUCAAGUCAAGGUUGGGGAUAAGUGGUUAUAUGAUUCAAAGUACUACACAUCAAUACACACUCUAGCUACAAAUGUAGAAAAGCGAUCUAUUUCUGACAUAUUUCAGAAGGCAAUUUCAGCUGCUGUGUUUUUGAGGUUUCUCAAAUUGAAUACAACCUUUCUCCAGUGUGACAACAAUGAAGAACAGGAUGAAAUUUUUAAAUGUGUGGCGGGUCUCUUAUUGUUACAUCUAAUGACAGUUCCAACAAACAUGCAUGGUAUAUCAACCAAUGUUAUGAAUGAAAAUGGUCUUCUUUUAAGUGAUGUUAGUGUAGCCAGCGGUGCAUAUGCAUUCUUGAGUUUGAUUAAUCAUUCGUGUGCUCCCAAUGUUGUUAGAUUUAGUAAAGAGGGUGAGGGUAUUAUGACCCUUUUUGCUCUGCGGCCUAUCAAGAAGGGAAUGCAAAUAUUUGAUAAUUAUGGGUCGCAUCACGCUAUGGAAGAUUACAGUAGUCGGCAAAGUUCUUUGAAGUUCCAAUAUAAAUUUACUUGUGUCUGUGAGGCAUGCGUCGACAAAUGGCCUACGUAUGUGCAAUUGAAUAUGAUGCCAACCAAGGACCUGCCAGUGAAAAUUUGCCAAAAGAAAAAGAGCGUUUUGAACCAGCAUGCGAUACGUCAAUUACAAAAUGGCGACGUCUGCACAGCUCUGAAUAUUUAUAAGGACCUAUGUGUUUUAUGUGAGCAAUUUGACAAAUAUGCACCCUGUGUUGAGCUCUGCGAUUGUCAGGAAGCAUUAAAACAGUGUUUUAUGAUCUUCGAAGGCUUCCGUACAUUUGGCAGCGAUGACGUCAUUGAAUGGACAGAAAUCACUACGAAGACAUUCAAUGGUCCUGAAAUCGGAGCGCUCAACAAGUUUUUCUUUCCACAAGAAGUAUAAAUGCUGCUUAUAUAAUUUUUAUUGAUCAACACAAAUAUUAUAUGCACAUAUUAUAUAAAUAUAUUUAUAUAAUCUGUGUAUUUUUUAUCACCGCUUAGCAUAUUUAGUUCAAAGUUAUCGAUUCAAUAGUUUCGACUUUCGAGUUUUGACAGUUAUUUAUGAGCGCAUAACGCUAUAACUAUUGGUAUUAAGUUGAAGAUGUAAACUCGUCCUAAGUGGAAAGUUCUAACUACGUGUGUACAAUUCAUUCGUUAACUUUAACAUGGUAAACUUCAUCGAGUUGAUUUAGUGAUUUAUGAAUCUUAAGCGUUAACUAGUCGUUAAUAUAAUUAACGAUUUUCUUAAUUAAGCUCAUUACUUUUAUUGUCAACAACUGACACUAGUUCCUAAAGUUCCUUUAAAGUGCUUUUUAUUAGUAUUGAAAAAAUAUAUUCGUAGAUAUUUUUAUUGUUGCUAUAAUUAUUAUAAAAAUAUUAUAUUAAUCGUUUUAUUUCGUAUGAUUCUCAGAAUACCACAAUAAUUAUUUUAAGAUUUGAAUCUAGAUAUAUAAUCGUAUUUUUAUAAUGGAAAUGACUAUUGUAUUUGUUUUUAAUAAAGUUUAUAUAUUGAUAA